GAAUUCGUGAAAUAUAUAAAAAUAUGUAAAAUAAACAAAGUUUCAAUUUCUAGAAGAAAAUAUUCAAAACCGUGUACGUUUAACGAUCAAUUUGAAUUUUUACUCUCACAUUUAUCCCAUUUGAAGCGACACUGGGCAAACGUUUACGUUCAUCAAGUGCUUCCACGAUUGUGUUUAAAAUUAGAUUAUGUUACGAAAAUGGGCCAAACCUUUACACCACACCACAUUCUAGACACAAAAGCAAACGCAGUCAUCUAUCCGCUGCCAGUAGCAAGUGUGACUGUAAAUAAAACAUGUCAACAGAGGAAGAGUUUGACCAAUGUCUUGGAAGUUUCCUCGGAAACGAGCAGUCCAUUGCCCUGCUGCUGGACUAUGAUGGAGCGUUAGCCGAAAUUCCGGACAGGCCGGAGCUAAGCGUUAUACCACCGGAAACGAAAGAAACGUUACGCAACAUUGUCAACAGCGGGAAGGCGUUUGUGGCAAUCAUAUCCGGGCGAAGUGCGGACGAUGUGCAGGAGAAAGUUGGCAUUGCCAACAUCAUCUAUUCCGGUAAUCAUGGGCUGGAGGUGCUUCACCCCGAUGGAACCAGACACAACCAGGCGAUUCCGAAGGCGGUAUCAGAUAACUUUGAUAGAAUGAUCGAUCAGCUUAAUGAAGAGGUUGCACAUAACGGAGCUUGGGUGCAGAAUAAGCAGUUCUCCAUCAGUCUGCACUAUCGCGACAUGGAUCCACGCUUGGUUCCGGAGAUGGUGCAGAAGGCCAGACGAAUCAUCGAGUCGCAUGGUUACCGUGCAGAUUCGGCUUACCAAGUACUAGAUGGAAAUCCUCCCAUCGAGUGGAACAAGGGACGUGCGGCGGAAUACAUCCUUGGUGCUAACUUUGACAAGGAUUGGAAGAGGAGAAAAGUUAUUUUCGCGGGAGAUGAUGCCACGGAUGAACAUGUCAUGGUAUUGCUCAAAGGCUCCGGAAAAUCUUUCCGUAUCACCCGAGGGCAGGACGUUGAAAGCAGUGCAGAUUUUAAACUUUCCUCAACAAAGUCGGUUUAUCAAAUGCUUAAAUGGUUGGAGAAAAAGUUGUGUGUAUAAAAUGGUAGAGUCGCUAAAAAAAAUACAAGUACAAAGACAAUAAUAGGUAUUGCUACUAUAACUGUUUUAAACAUGAUAAUUUAAAUUUAAAAACACUACGAAGAUGAAUGAAUGCAGUAACAAUGAUUGCUUUCGAUACAUUCAGUACCCGAAAAAUAUCUAUGCAAAACACUAUGCAAAAAAUAAAUACACUGCAGCAGUAAAAACACGUACAGCGAACGAACACUGCGUCUUUUGACGAUGCAAAUCAAAUGAAUUUAAUCCAAUCCCCGCUACCGGCCACCGCCCCGGUACACGCCCACGAACAGAGUGUCCCGGAAAACCCCCGCAAUUUGCCGAAUCACAUUUCAUUGUUCUCCUUCGGGUACCAGCGUUCGCAUUUGCUUCGAGUGCAACUGCCAACUAAACGAGGUAUAUUUGUAAUUCCAAUUUUAUGCUUCAUAUAAAUUCAAUGGGUCUGUCAUUUUCAUCGUCCUUGCUAAUGGCUGUAAAACCGGAGCAAACACGAGAAAAGAUGUAUAAAAUAAUUUCGCUUCCCUCGCCACGCGAUGUCGGCCAGGAUGAGGUGCUUGUUCGUUCGUUUGGUAGUUUCGUGUUUUUUUUUUUUUUUUGUCGCCGCGCAUUGUUGAAUAUUGUAAUUUCUAGAGUACCGAACGGGUUUGUGCAAAACAAGGAAACAGAAACACUGAGUAAUAAAAAGUGCAUGAAUGUAACAUCCUUUUUAUGGCAGCGGAUUUUCACCCAGUUACCGCGCGAUCCGAAUCUCGAAAACGAGAUAUUUCUGCCACAUACCAGUGCAGCGAAGGA